GUCAUGGUUGUGGCACUUAUCAUAGCUAUUCCGCUGCUGGUCCAGACAUCGAAGAUCUCUGCACACUACGAAAUGAUGGGCACCUGUCGCAUGAUCUGUGAUCCAUACAAUCCCAAGCCGAGCGCCACAGCCUUGGAGGUCAUGCAAGAUCUAAGCGGCAUACCGCCAGCUCCACCACCUUUUGCCCGAGGGACUAAAGGUGAACCGGGGCGUCCGGGUAAACCCGGACCGAGAGGUCCACCGGGUGAACCAGGUCCACCUGGACCUAGGGGACCCCCUGGUGACAGAGGAGACUCGGGAAAACCAGGAUUUACCGGGAUCAUGUCUGGGACAGCGAGGACCGAAACAGGGGAGCUUGGCUCCGCACUGGGGGGUAUCAAGAUCGCAUUUUACGUAGGUUUGAAAAAUCCUCACGAGGGCUACGAGGUACUCCGGUUUGACGAUGUGGUCACGAACCUGGGAAACCACUACGACCCAUCUACCGGGAAGUUCACGUGUCAAGUGUCCGGGAUUUAUUUUUUCACAUACCAUGUGCUGAUGCGAGGGGGAGACGGCACAAGCAUGUGGGCAGAUCUUUGUAAGAAUGGACAGGUCCGAGCCAGUGCUAUCGCUCAAGAUGCGGACCAGAACUACGACUAUGCAAGCAACAGUGUGGUUUUGCACCUGGACUCUGGAGACGAAAUAUAUGUCAAACUGGACGGCGGCAAGGCACACGGAGGCAACAACAACAAAUAUAGCACCUUCUCGGGUUUCAUACUAUACCCCGACUGA